GAAAUGGAAAUUAAGUUCAUUCAUCAAUCAUUACCCACAUUCCUCUGUAUCUUUACCACUUCCUUUCCCCAGCCGCGCGCGCGCUCUCUCUCACUCUCUGCAUCUGCAUUUCAGUCUGAUUUCUUUUUACUUUCAUAAUAUUUUUUCUUGUGCUUAUGAACUGUCUCUGUUUCUGACACCAAACCUCUCUUUGAGCCCAAGUCUUCUUCUACUUGCUAGUUGUCCUACACUAGAGAGUAGUUUUCUUUCAACUUCAUUCUCUGAUUUCCACUACUUUCCUUUCUUGGGUUGUUACACAUUACAAUCUUGAAUUCAUCCUUAAGCUAAAAAACUUGUCUUUUUGUGUCUCUUCGUUGUCAUCUGUUAUUAAAAUCACCUUCUUGGGCUGCUCCUAUACUUUCUCUUUUCCUCUUUCUUGAUAAACCCAUUUCUCCAACUUGGGUAAUUUUCUGUUUGCUUUUGCUUUCAGGCUAUCUUUUUUUGUUUCUGUCUAGAACUGUUAUUCUGAUGGCUUCUUUUAGUUCUGGAUUUGUGUAAAGCAUUGAUCUUUAUUGUGUUUCUGGGGACUGCCACAAGAAAAGAAAAAAAUAUGAGAAAUUGGGUUUUAUUUGUAGUUUUAGUUACUGUUGGGCCAAUGUUUUCGAUGACAUGUGAUGCUUCUUUUCCAUUAAAUGAAGUUUAUGCUCUAAAUAACUUCAGGGAAGCUAUAUAUGAAGACCCAUUUUUGGUAUUCUCAAAUUGGAAUGCCUUAGAUUCAGAUCCUUGUGACUGGUCUGGUAUUUUUUGCUCUAUGGCCCGAGAUCAUGUCUUAAAAAUUAACAUUUCUGGUGCUUCUUUGAAGGGUUUUCUUUCGCCGAACUUGCAUCUAAUCUCUUCUUUGCAAGAACUGAUUUUGCAUGGAAAUGUACUGAUUGGUACAAUACCAAGAGAGAUAGGCUUGUUGAAAAACUUAAAGGUCUUGGAUUUGGGUUCUAACCAGCUUACAGGACCAAUUCCUCUCGAGCUUGGCAACUUGUCAAAUAUUAUGAAAAUAAACCUUCAAUCCAACGGAUUAACAGGUAAAUUGCCCUAUGAGCUUGGUAAUCUGAAAUACCUUCAAGAACUUCGGCUGGACAGAAACAAGCUUAAAGGAACAGUGCCUGCUAGUAAUGGCUCAAACUUCACAUCCAAUGUACAUGGGAUGUAUGCCUCCGGUGCCAAACUUACUGGUCUUUGUCGUUUAUCUCAACUGAAAGUUGCUGAUUUCUCCUUCAACUUCUUCUUUGGCAGCAUACCAAAGUGUCUGCAUUUCCUUCCAAAAUCUAGCUUUCAAGGAAACUGCCUUCAAGAAAAAGAUCCUAGACAGCGUUCUACUGCUUUAUGUGGAGGCACGCCGCCUGCCAAAAGCCAUCCAACACAGAGCAAUAAUAAGCAUCGGUCUGCUGAAGGAGGAGCCAGACAUAAGGCUACUUCAAAACCCACGUGGCUUUUAGCUUUAGAAGUGGUAACCGGAGUUAUUGCAGGUUCUCUCUUCCUUGUGGUUAUUCUUACUGCCAUUAACAAGUACAAGAACAAAUCUUCAUUUAUCAUCAUCCCUUGGAAGAAAUCAGCUAGUGAGAAAGACCAUAUGACAGUUUAUGUAGAUACUGAGAUGCUAAAAGACGUUCUAAGAUAUAGCAGACAAGAACUUGAGGUAGCUUGUGAAGAUUUCAGCAAUAUUAUUGGAUCCUCACCAGACAGCUUGGUCUACAAAGGAACCAUGAAAGGCGGACCUGAAAUUGCUGUCAUUUCCCUUUGUGUUAAAGAAGAGCACUGGACCGCCUAUCUAGAACUCUAUUUUCAGAAAGAGGUAGCAGAAUUAGCGAGAAUAAAUCAUGAGAAUACUGCAAAACUUCUAGGUUACUGCAGUGAGAGCAGUCCCUUCACAAGGAUGUUGGUGUUUGAGUAUGCAUCUAACGGGACGUUAUAUGAACACCUUCAUUAUGGAGAAGGAUGUCAACUUUCUUGGACCCGGCGGAUGAAAAUAGUUAUUGGCAUUGCUAAGGGACUAAAAUUUCUCCAUUCAGAACUUGUCCCACCAUUUACUAUAUCUGAAUUGAAUUCAAACGCUGUCUAUCUCACCGAAGAUUUUUCUCCCAGACUUGUUGAUUUUGAAAGUUGGAAAACAAUAAUUGCCAGAUCAGAAAAGAAUUCUGGUGCUAUCAGUAGUGAAGGAGCAAUAUGUGUCCUUCCAAAUUCUCUAGAGAGUCGUCAUCUUGACGUCCAGGGUAAUAUUUAUGCGUUUGGAGUACUACUGCUCGAAAUAAUUAGCGGGAGACCUCCAUAUUGCAAAGAUAAAGGGUGCUUGGUAGAUUGGGCGAAAGAGUUCCUUGAAGUGCCAGAGGUAUUGCCUAAUGUUGUAGAUCCUGAGUUGAAACAUUUCAAAUAUGAAGACCUCAAAGUGAUUUGUGAGGUGGUCAACCUUUGUAUCCACCCAAAUUCCAGUAGCAGGACUUCCAUGAGAGACUUGUGUGCUAUGUUGAAGAGCAACAUUGACACAUCCAUAACUGCUGAGCUCAAGGCAUUGUCUUUGGCAUGGGCCGAGCUUGCACUCUCAUCCUAACCGCGAAAGCUACAAAGCUAACCGUAUACAUAUAUAUAUAUCAUAGAUGUUUAUUUGUCUAGUACAUUUUCCAUAUAUUUUUGUUGUCAUUUUAUUUGUAAUCUCUUAAUCCAUUCUCCUUUCUAAUUUUCGGGAGUUAUGGUGAGUUCAUGUAAAUUUUGCAUACUCGUAGGAAGAUGUAUAGUUAAAAAGAUGCUAGUCUUGAUUCUUUGUAUACAAACUGGACCUUUACUAGAUUGAAAGAGUGUUAAUAGUGAAUGAAAGUGGACGCGGCAACUGUCCUUCUCUUGGU